AAAGGAGCGGACAGUUGAACGGCAGCGACCCAGCCGAGGGCGAGCUCUACUGGAUGUUCUUGUCUCGACGAACGCGUCCGGAUCACAGGCUGACCGUGGGGAAAAAGCCACUCUGAAGCGAAUGAAGAAACAACUUAUCUUUCACUUCACAUACAGAGGACUUCUAACGAGAGGAAAAAAGAGUAAAAGAAGAAAAUGGAGUAUAAAUUACGAAAAGCUGAACCCCGGGACGUGUCUGAUAUAUUACGACUGGUGAAGGAACUUGCAAAAUACGAAGAGAUGGAGAGCCAGGUGACACUGACUGAGAAAGAGCUCCUUGAGGAUGGAUUCGGUGACACCCCGUUUUACCAUUGCAUCAUCGCUGAAAUCCAAGGAGAGAACAGCAGUGACGGCCUGAAGGUGGUUGGCUUUGCCAUGUACUACUUCACCUAUGACCCCUGGGUGGGCAAACAGCUCUACCUGGAGGACUUCUACGUGAUGGAGCAGUACAGAGGGCUGGGCAUCGGUUCGGAGCUCCUGCGGCAUCUCAGUAAUCUGGCGAUGAAGACGCGCUGCACCGGCAUGAUGUUCGUCGUCGCGGAGAACAACGAGCCGUCCGUCCAGUUCUACAAGCGGCGCGGCGCCGAGGAUCUCUCCGAGGAGGAGGGCUGGAGGCUCUUCAGGUUCGACAAGAACAGCCUCGUGAAGAUGGCGACCCCCGCCGAGGAAUGACGGCGGUCCGGCUCGGAGCAGAGCAGAGCAGGGGAGGAGGGAGAGGAGGAAACUCGAGGGUCUGAACCAGAGACGGCGAGUUCGGCCUCUGCGUCGGACUCCUCGGGUGGUUCCUCCGUUCAGGCUAAGAUUCAUAGAAGUUGAUCUUUUUAAAAAGGGGAAUAGUGUAUCACAGUUAUAUGAUUCUAUAUGUUCACAAUCUUUAGUCUGUUGCUAACGCACCAAUCUGAAUCACAUUUACUCUAAAAAUUAAUGUCUUUGUGUUUGGAGCAUUUUCAUAUGCGGGAAUAUCACUUUUAAGUUUUCAAUAAAAUAAUAACUGAUCACA